UUCAUAUAAACCCAAGUUCGAAUAUUCAAUAGCCUCUUCCAAAUCCAAAUCUUUCCCUCACACACUCUAGAGACAAGAACACAGCAACAUUAAGAACAUCGAAAAGCGGGGAUGUACGGAGAGAGUAGCUACGAAUCAGACCUGGCGCUGCUGGAUUCAAUUCGGCGGCACUUGCUGGGGGAGUCGGAAGCGAUAUUAUUGGGAGCCCCGAGAAGCGUUUCGGGUCGGAGCUGCAGCUUGAGCAGCUUGAACUCGUGUUUGAGUGACAAUUGGGGUGAGCUUCCACUAAAAGAGGACGAUUCCGAAGACAUGGUGCUCUACGGCGUCCUCCGCGACGCCCUCGACGUCGGCUGGGUCCCCUCGCUCCACGCCGCCUCGCCCGAGAGCGUCUCCUCGCCUUUUCCGCCGGUCAAGCACGAGCCCGACGUCAUGCCGCCGCCCAGCAUCCACGCUCCUCCGCCGCCCAAGGCUGCUCCGCCCAAGGGGAAGCACUACCGCGGCGUGCGGCAGCGCCCGUGGGGGAAGUUCGCGGCGGAGAUCCGGGACCCGGCCAAAAACGGGGCUAGGGUUUGGCUGGGAACGUUCGAGACCGCCGAGGACGCGGCGCUGGCGUACGACCGCGCCGCCUACCGGAUGCGCGGGUCGAGGGCGUUGCUGAAUUUUCCGCUGCGGGUCAACUCCGGCGAGCCCGACCCGGUGAGAGUGACGUCGAAGCGGUCGUCUUCGCCGGAGGGUAGGGCACCGGCGAAGAGGAGGAAGGUGGUGGGGACGGGUAAGGUGCAAGUGGGAGAGUGUACACGUGGCGAUCAGUUAUUGGUUAGCUGAGAGAGAAUUUAGGGGUGGUGUUUUUCUUUAUUAAGUACACUUUGUAAUUAUCUGAGGUGCGUGUUCCCUUGUGCCACUUACCUACCCAUAACUCAAUUUUGGGACCGGGAAAAAAAGAAAAAAAGAAAUGAUGGAAUUUGGAUGAUAAUGGUGAUGGAAGUGAAGCUAUGUGAAUACCACUAAAUUUGUUAUUUGUUUGUUCAACAUUAUGAAAUAUGAAUGGGUUGAUAUUCGUAAAUGAGUUGAGACCUUAACUUUUGAUUAA